ACAGCGGUGAGGGCAAAAACCCCACAUAUCUGUAUUGACGGACGUAAACCGCAUGUGAAGCAUGGCAGGGGAAGGAGAGAAGAAAGCGGUUCUGGAAAUGGUCCAGGCCGAUGGAGCCGAUGAAGGCUGCGUGACGUUUGUGCUGCAUGAUGAGGACCAUACACUAGGCAACUCCCUCAGAUACAUGAUCAUGAAAAACGUGGAUGUGGAGUUUUGCGGCUACACCAUCACCCAUCCGUCCGAGAGCAAGAUCAACUUUCGCAUUCAGACGCGAGGGGGAGUCCCAGCCACAGAGCCCCUGAGGAGGGGACUGAAUGAGCUCAAUGAUGUUUGCCAACAUGUUUUGAACACCUUUCAGGCAAAAGUUAAUAAGUUCAAAGAAGGCCAGGAGAAGCCCAUGGAAUGAGCAGCGCCACGCAGGACUGCAGAGCUGUCGGACACACAGUGACCUCGAUGUCUCCCCUUUUUAUAUAACGUCUGGCUACCGAGAGGAAAGUCCUCAAAACAGUUUGAUCAAGUCGCAGUCAAACAUUUGUACAGUUUUGUUUUUUGUAUCAUGUUGAAAAUUGAGUAAUGUAUAAUAAAUGUGUUUACCAUUCUUGAAAGUAUUAAAAUGUUGAGAGAAACUAA